AUGGCGACUGUCGAGCGCAACCCCAAGGACUCAAUGAAGUCGACAUGGCGAACCGCCGACCGCAGCCAGUGGAAUCUUGCGCACUGGUUCUACGAGCUCUUCAACCUCCACCUCAUCGAUCUCGAGACGCCCGUCCCCAUCCACGUCAAAUCCGACAAGAUGCCCUACGUCCCCGAACUCGUCAUGCACCGCUGGAUCCUCACCCACGCCGCCGUCCCCGUCGCCAUUCAGCAAAUCUACUUUAUGUACACGGGCCACAACCUCAGCCCCCUCGCCACCCUGAUCCUCUACUCGGCCGCCUUCAAGUUCAACGCCAUCCGCCAGCUCAAGACCAUGCGCACCAUGGGCCAGCGAGUCGGCUUCCUCGACGGCGACGAGCACGACCGCGACGGCAUCCCCGACGUCGGCGUCAUCAAAGUCUUUCUCUCCUUGAUCUACACCUCCAUCUCGCGGCCCGUCUUUACCGUGCUGCUGAGCUACCGCGCCGCCGUCGCCCCGCAAGACGUCAACUGGGCCUGGCUGCCCUUUGAGAUUGGCUUCUACAGCAUCAUUCUCGACUUUUGGUUCUACUGGUACCACCGUCUCAUGCACGAUGUGUCCUUUCUCUGGAAGUACCACCGCACCCAUCACCUGACCAAGCAUCCGAAUCCGCUGCUCACCCUCUACGCCGACACUGAGCAGGAGAUUUUUGAUAUUGCGGGUAUCCCCAUCAUGGCCUGGGCCACGAUGAAGCUCAUGGGAUUUCCCAUGAGCUUUUACGAAUGGUGGUUCUGCCACCAGUACGUCGUGUUUGCCGAGCUCGCUGGCCAUAGCGGCCUGCGUCUGCUUGCCAGUCCGCCGAGCACCUUUACUUGGAUCCUCAAAUUCUUCAACUCUGAGCUCGUCAUUGAGGACCAUGACCUCCACCACCGAAAGGGCUGGAAGAAGAGUGGCAAUUACGGCAAGCAAACCCGUCUGUGGGACGUUGUCUUUGGCACAUGCAAGGACCGUAUCGAGACCAAGUAUGACAAUGUUGACUGGGAUACUGCCAUUGGCAUGCCUGCAUUUUAA